AUGUCUUCUGCUUUUCAUAUUCAUGUAGGAGGGGCUGGAGUAAAGAUUGGUGAUAUGUUAUGGAAACUAUAUGAAAAAGAAUAGAAUGAAACAACUCAGAAGAAUUAUAUUUAUGAUGAAGUUGAUGGGAAUUAUUAUCCAUAAGCACUUUUCGUUGAUACAGAUGACAGAAUGAUACUAGAAGUCUAAAGCAGUAAUUCAAUAAAAUUUAAGAAGCAUUCAUUUAUACAUGGAAACAAGGAUUCAUCAACUUAUGCUCUAAGUAGGUAUUAUUAUAUCAAAAAGACUUUGGAAAAAGCAUAAGAUUCUAUUCGAAAAUAAAUAGAAACGAUGGAUCGAUUAGAUGACUUUGUGAUAACAAGUUCCAUCAGUGGAGGUACUGGGUCGGGAUUUACUUGUGAGUUAACCUAUGAUUUAUCAAAUGAUUACCAUAAGGUAAAUAAAAAUGGAUUUAUAAUUUUCCCAUCUUCAAAGGUGGCGAAUAAUGUUCUUGGAAUAUAUAAUACUGUGCUCGCAAUGCCAAAUAUGAUUGGCUAUUUUGACAGCAUCACAAUGUUUGAUAAUUAGUCAAUGUAUAAUUUUAUUGAUCAUCAAUUGGAUGUAGAUUUUGUUGAUUAUUCAUUUUUAAAUAAUUUGGUUGCUUAAAUAAUUAGUUCGUAUACUGGAAUUAGAAGAUUUAACUAGGAAGAUAACUCUGCAUUUUUUUCAAAUUUGUGUCCUUCUCCUAAGUUACAUUUUUAUAUUCCAUCUUAUGGUAAGCUGACUUUGAUAAAUGAUUACGUUAGAAAAGAAUUAGAACAAAGAGAAUUCAUUCAAUUUCUAAAAAAAAUAGACCAAAAACUCUAUCAAUGUUCUAAUAAUCCUCAUUAUAUUUGUAGUACCCUAUUGUUAAGAAAAAGAUAAUUUAAUCCUUUUUCUGGUAGAUUAGAUUAAACUAUUAACAAUUUAAAUAAUUAAUUUGGCUAAACAUCUUAAAUUUAUUAAUGUAAAUCAUCUAAUUACUAAGUAUUACCUGAACUUGCAGAAAUGAAACAAACAGGGACUUUGUUUUCUAAUGAUGCCUCAAUUGCUAGUAGUUUAAAAGCAUUAGAAAAGAGAUUUUCCUAUGCUUAUGACUAACAUGCAUUUAUUGGAGGGUUUGAAGGUUGGAAAAGCAGAGACAUUUAUAUUGCAAGAGAUGACUUAAAGUAGUUAUAACAUGAAUACGAAGAAUUCUUUACAGUGGAUAACUAAGAAAUAUGA